GAGGCUGCAGAGGAGCACAACAGGCGACAGAGCAGCAGGAAGGUGGAGGGAGUCACACAGGCUGCUGCUGCCCCGCGUCGUGAAGGCGGUGCAAAGCCUCCAACAAGCGGCUGCCCUUCGUUAUUUACACUGGACGUCUCGAUACUCCGGAGGUCCCGCUCGGCUGCUGAAGCGAUGCGUCCUGCAGGACUGCGCGGACAGUGAGAUGAUUUGACGCGGACAGAUCCAGGCGCUGUUGUUGAUGACCAGCGGGAGCAUGAAGUUUGCGGCUGCGGUGUUGUGGUUCUCCCUGGCUCUCGGGAAGGCUACUAUGCAAGCUCAGGAAGACUUUGUGUCUCUGGCCGAGAUGGAGGAUUCCUUGUUGAAGAACGUUUUCAGCGGUUACCAGAAGUGGGUGCGGCCUGUCCAGCACGCCAAUGACACCAUCACUGUACGCUUUGGACUCAAGAUCUCACAGCUGGUCGAUGUGGAUGAAAAGAACCAACUGAUGACUACCAACGUCUGGCUCUGGCAGGAGUGGGUUGAUGUGAAGCUGAAGUGGAACCCAGAUGACUAUGGAGGGAUCACCUCCAUCAGGGUGCCUUCAGAAACUAUAUGGCUGCCUGACAUUGUCCUGUAUGAAAAUGCGGACGGUCGCUUUGAGGGUUCCCUGAUGACCAAAGCCAUUGUGCGCUGGGACGGGACCAUAACGUGGACUCCACCUGCCAGCUACAAGUCCUCUUGCACCAUGGAUGUCACCUUCUUCCCCUUCGACCGGCAGAACUGCUCCAUGAAGUUUGGCUCCUGGACUUACGAUGGAAACAUGGUGGACCUGGUCCUGGUAGAUCACUAUGUGGAUCGUAAAGACUUCUUCGAUAACGGCGAGUGGGAGAUCCUCAAUGCCACAGGAGUAAAGGGAAGCAGGAGGGAUGGGGUGUACUGGUACCCGUUCGUCACCUACUCCUUCAUCCUGAAGAGAUUGCCCUUGUUCUACACCCUGUUCCUCAUCAUCCCAUGCCUCGGCCUCUCCUUUCUGACUGUGUUAGUGUUUUAUUUGCCGUCAGACGAAGGAGAGAAACUGUCACUUUCCACAUCUGUGCUGGUGUCACUCACUGUGUUCCUCCUGGUCAUAGAAGAAAUCAUCCCUUCAUCCUCAAAGGUGAUCCCACUGAUCGGAGAAUACCUGCUCUUCAUCAUGAUCUUCGUCACUUUCUCCAUCAUCGUCACCGUCUUUGUCAUUAACGUCCACCACCGUUCCUCUGCAACUUACCACCCCAUGGCCCCCUGGGUAAAGAGCCUCUUCCUUCAGAGACUGCCCAGGCUGCUGUGUAUGAGGGGCCACACUGACAGGUACCACUUUCCAGAUAUGGAGAUGCGUAGCCCAGAGCUGAAGCCCCGCAGAGGUGUGGGGAGGAGGGGGGUUCCUGGCCACAGUGGCGGCCAGCAGAGAGGCCCCCUCACAGGGAAGGAGGACGAGAACCAGGCCUGGCUGGCCAUGCUGGAGAAGGCCACGAAUUCAGUUCGCUACAUCAGCCGUCACAUCAAAAAGGAGCACUUCAUACGAGAGGUUGUUCAAGACUGGAAGUUUGUGGCUCAGGUGUUGGACAGGAUUUUCCUGUGGGCCUUCCUCACAGUGUCAAUACUGGGAACUGUCUUAAUCUUCACCCCAGCUCUGCAGAUGUACCUCAGCACUCCUUGAUAAACACACACACAAACUCAAGAACGCCCGCCAACAGCCCCGUCUCGUUUUCCAGUUUGUCUCUGACUAUGAUUUAUUGAUGAGGUUCAAUAAAACAUUCACACUGUAUAUUUCAAUUGUAGAAUCAAACGUUUACCUCCGUACAGUGUGGUUUGCAGCCUGUAAUGACUACUGGAGACUGUAAUGUUCUAGAUGCAACUUGUCAUACAUUGGAAGACUGCGAAGGAGUAAAAGCAAUAAGCAGGCUAUAGUAGCGUGUAUGAUUUGAAUAUUUGUGUUUGUAUAACUGUAACAUUGUAAUUAUACAUACCGCAACAUGCACAGUAUCACUCCAUGAUUAAUGAGUUUUGUGUGUCACA